AUGCUUCUCGAUUGCAAUCUUUGCCUCGCCAAGCACUCUACGUCUCUACCUUCGAUCAUUGGAGUGUUGCUCGAGAACGGAGCUGAUGUGAACGACGUUUACUCUAUUGCCGCCAGCGAGAGAUUGGUGUUGGCGGCGGCGAGAGAUGGUGAUUUCGUUGAGGCGAAGAUGCUUCUCGAUUGCAAUCUUUGCCUCGCCAAGCACUCUACGUCUCUACCUUCGGUGGCGCCGCCGCUGAAGGACAAACGAGAUAGAGAGAGAUUUUCAUUCUCAUAUGAAGAAGAGAGAUGUAGACUUAAAAAAUGGGGAAAUUCGUUUGGAUGUUCGGCGUCCAGCGAGAGAUUGGUGUCGGCGGCGGCGAGAGAUGGUGAUUUCGUUGAGGCGAAGAUGCUUCUCGAUUGCAAUCUUUGCCUCGCCAAGCACUCUACGUCUCUACCUUCGGUGGCGCCGCCGCUGAAGGACAAACGAG